AUGGGAUGGUUCAACAUUCUCCCAAAUGAUAUUAUGCUUGAAAUUCUAACUCGUUUACCAACUGAAUCUGUUCUGGACUGCAAAUUGGUGUGCACAACAUGGAAUAAUCUUGCUCAUCAUCCAUCAUUCUCUCGGCUGCACUUGAAUCGUCUUCUUAUUUCUGCUGCUAUUGAUUCCGGUAAGUUUAGCUUUAUUGUCUUAAGUCGUGAACGAGGGAUUAGAGAAAUGUCUUACGGUGAGUAUGAUGAUGAUGAUUGUCAUGAUACAAUCUUUAGUAGAAUUACAAUGAUAAUCUUAAGCUCUCCAUUUGUGGAUUAUUCUUUUGUUGGCUCGUGCAAUGGUUUAGUUUGCUUCAAUGCAUUGCUUGAAGACGAAGGUGGUUAUAUAUAUAUCUGUAUGGACCUGCGUUUAUCUGUAAUCCGAUCACCAGGGAAUAUAUUAUCCUUCCAGAAUGUGAAAGACAGUAUUUGUGGACUGGAUUUGGUUACAUUCUUUCAACAAUGA